AUGGGCGAAGAAGAUCUCACCAAGUUCUCUGGGUACCGCAGUUGUGAAACGAGGCAGACCCGCGUCUUCUGGGACCUUGUGAAGUACCCAAUCCCUGCCAGUGCCAAUCUUGAAGAUGUUGAAAUUAGUCUCAAAGCAGCUCUCUAUCAGUUGGGACUUUACAGCUGUGAGACUAUCGUUGCCUAUGGUGACAGAAUGAACCACAGCGAAGAUGAUUUGCGCGAUUCCCGCAUCUUACACUUACCACAAGGUCAGGGUGAAGCUCAAUUUUACUAUUUCUUAAGUGAGAUGGCUGUGGACAUUCUUUAUAGGGCACACAAUGAUUCUCCACUAAAUAUUAUGGUAAUCCCAAGACCAGACACAAAAAGUGAGCUGCACAGGGUUCUCAGGUGUUUACAAUCCAGACAUCACAAUAUUCUCCUAGUAAACCCCGGUCCACAUGCUGCUCCAUUUCUAUUUAAUUCUGUAUCUUGGGAGUCAAUAGUUAAAUGUACAGAAGAUUUAGAUGGAGGAAAGCCUAUCAUGGAAGGGAGAAGGACCGGAGAUGGAGAUGCUACUCCUGUGAUCAAAGAUGCACGCAGUCUCGUUUCUCUGUUUGAAUCCGUGUCUCAAGGUCCUGGGAGGACGGCGUUCGUCUUCUGGGACGUGAACAAAUACUCAAAACCUACUGAAGCCAAUAUCCUAGAUGCUGGAACUGGUAUCAGAGAAGCUCUUCAACGGCUCGGCCAUCAUGGUUGUGUGGAAAUCCUGGCGUUUGGUGCUGACAUACUGAAGCAGGACCCCAGCCAACGUGACUUCUACAAAGAAGCCAGAAUCAUACGCAUACCACACGGGUUAUAUACAAAGGCUUUGGACCAUUUCGCAGAGUUGUCAAAUCCAGGACCUUUGAUGGUAAUCCCAACACCAGACCGAGAUGAUCCGCAGCGCUGGGUUCUUAAGUCGUUUUUGCAGGAGAGACAUUGCGAUGUUCUCUCAGUAGAGCCGCCUGCUGAUGUGGACUUGCCACAAGAUGCUCUAUUUCUUCAUUAUCCGAAUGAAAUACUUGCUUGUACAGAGGGUGUAUAUGAAGGAAGACAAAUCACGAGAGGGAGAAGAAAGAUGAAAGAUAUCCAUGAGAUCCAAGACUUCUCCAAGCCUAUCACAUUCCAGAAUAGGGCAACGCCAGGCGUGUUCGUGUUCUGGAACCUCGAGGAUUUCCCAUUCCCUACUACUGGUUGGACUCCUGAUAAGAUCUAUCAGAAAAUCGAUUCAGCAUUUCCUUUUGCUGGUUAUGAGCUGAGUAUAUGGGCUUAUGUUAAGGACGAGCAAGGGUCUUGGGGUGGGGAUUUCCUGACGAACAAGACUUGGGAGUCAAGUAUCUACUUCCUUCCCGGAGGAGGGGAUAAAUCCGCGAGACAUAAUAGAAUGUUACAUGAUAUCUUUUUAUGGAAAGCGGACGUGGAACCUGAUCCAGCAAAUCUGUUCAUAGUAGCCAACGUAGCUGAAGUCGUAGAGGACGACGAGUUCUCCUCUAUCAUUGACCUGUUGCAACGGACGCAUUACAAAGUUUCCGUUGUCCCUGGCUCUUUUUUCGAAUUCUAG